AUGUGUACACCUUUCUACUUAUACGAUUACAAUGAUUAUUACGAUUACUUACCAACUGAACAAUUGAAUGAAUUACUUAAAAUUAAUGGUAGAAGUAUGAAUAUUUCUUCAACUGAUUUAAUAACAUUACCAUCUGAUAUACAAGAUAUAUUAACAACUUAUCAGUCUAUUCCACAUGCAGUGGAAUUUUAUACUCGUCUACCAAAAGUUGAUAUUAUCCCACCGAAAAUAGUCAAUCGUUAUCAAAUGGAAGAAAAAUACAAAGAAUUACUUCAACGGAGACGACGUUCUCAUUCACUUAUUCUAAAUUAAAAUGAAUUUCCAACUUCUCCUUUUUCUCCUUCCUCAAAACUAC